AUGUUCCGGCUUUUGCUCUCUUUUACUUGUCUGGCCAUUGUUGUCUGGGCACACAAGCGUCCGUUACCUUCCGUAUCUUUAAAAAGUGAUUCCAACUCUCGUUUGGUUCUGUGGGGAACUCGUCAUGGUGCUCGUAAUCCCGGACGUUUUCACUCUGCUGAACCUUACCAAGUUUGGGGCUUCGAAGGAGAACUAGAAUUAACUUCUAUUGGAAAACGACAAGCCUAUGGCUUGGGUAGAGAACUUCGACGUUUUGUUGGUUAUAAUAGAAUUAAUGUUAACUAUCUUCCAAAAGAAGCUCAUUUCUAUUCGAGUUCUGCUGGACGUUGUCAGGCUACUCUGCAAACAGCAUUAGUCGGUUUUUAUGAUCCAAUUGGAUGGGCUGACUGGCAGACGGAUCAUUUUGAUCAUUGGAGUCCGAUUCCUUAUACAACGAAUGAUCAAUUACUUCGCAUGUAUGCGGUUAAGGAUUGCCCCCGAUCCGCGGAAGUAUGGAAAGAGAUUGAUGAGGAUUCGUUACCUGAGCUUGCCAAUUUGACUGAGAAGUACAAGGAUUUGAUAGCUUACGUUGCUAAACAAACUGGAUGGCAAGCCGACAUCGGAAGUGUUUCAGACAUAGCUGAUAACCUUAUCGCUAUUGAAACUCAUAACGCUCAUUAUCCAUCUUGGAUUGAGAAACCUGGCCUUAAGGGAUAUAAUAAAGAUUCCAUUAUUAAAGCAAUCCAUAAGUUUGCUGAGAAGAGGCAAAUUGCAUGUGCUGAUCAUGAGCCAUGUAGAAACUUGAUGGCUGGACAUUGGGCUCAGCAUAUUGUUGACUCUAUCAAGAAAGCUCAAACUGGUGAAGGUCCUUAUGUCAUCGGAUAUGCUUCUCAUACUGAGGUUACUCUUGCUGUGAUGAAGUUAUUGGGACUCGAAAAAAAAGAUCUUGAAACUUCUGCUGGUUUUGUCAUUGAUUUCAGAACUAAACCAAAUGAUGAGAUGCGUAUACUUCUCCACGAUCCUAACCCAAUUGAUCGUCAUGUAAUCUACAAGGCUCACUAUUCUCAUGAAUUGGCAAAAAUCUCGAAUGGAGAAGGAUGGAUGCCAAUAGAAAAGUACUUUGCCAUCAUUGAAAAAAAUCUGAUAAGUGACGCUGAUGCCGCUUGUGGAAAAACCUGUAGCACUAAUUAA